CGUUCCCUGCCUUAUUCUGGAAGGACGCUAUUUCUCACGUGGCAUCAACGCAAAACGCCUCUUACAUCCUCAUCUUCACCUCGCCCUUGCUUUGUCUUCCGUACAACUAACCUGCUUUAGACGUUUGGCUUCUCCCCGAGUCCCGUAUCCCCGGCUGCAUGAAGCAUCUUCAACUGGGCUAGUUCCGUCAGGCCAUCAUUGGGCGAAGCACCGAGUCUGAUCUGAACGUCUUCGUCCGAACCUCGAUCGCCUUGAAGCUCUUCAACGUUUCCGACACCUCGGGACCGAACUUUCAUCCCUUCGAGUUUUUAGUCGUGGCAACCCUUCCCAUGCUCUGGGAGAAGGUGGCUCUAUCGUUGGGCUCAAUGAAGCCUUCCUCUGAAUAGAGAUCUGAAUAAGCCAUUGACGAAUCCCCUCCGUCGACCUCCACCAAAGCAAACCCUUGACCUCAAUAACCACACCAUCACUGAUGAUCCUUUCACCACCUUUGCCUAGUUCUGGACCGGCCUGUUGUCUUCUUUGAACGAGCUCCCUCCCUCGCGGCCACCGCCUCCUUGGACGAUCCUUGUCGCUGACCAGGUUAACCUCCGGUUCUAUAGAGAUUGCGUUUGAAUAAACAUGUCUGCGCAGACGACUUAAGCAGCCGUGAUAUUCUGUAUAUAAAAGAUGGUGUUGACCACCUCAGAACACACUUCUUUUUUUCUCCAUCACCUUUGACAUUGCCAAUCAACCCUCAGAGGUCUUCAUUCUCUCAAUCAACAGGGUCCUUUCGUUGACACUUUUUACAUUCUUCAUCCAAGCCGUUUUGUUCAAGAUGAAGUUCACUCUCCCUCUUGUCAUCUUCGCCGCCGUGGCCUCCGCCACCCCGGUCGCCCAGCCAAAUGCCGAGGCCGAAGCCCAGUGGUGCCGGAUCCAUGGCCAGUCCUGCUGGAAGGUCAAGCGUGUUGCCGAUGCCUUCGCCAACGCCAUCCAGGGCAUGGGUGGUCUCCCUCCCCGCGAUGAGUCCGGCCACCAGCCCGCCCAGGUCGCCAAGCGCCAGGUCGACGAGCUUGCCGGCAUCAUCGCCCUCACUCAGGAGGACGUUAACGCCUACUACGACUCGCUCAGCCUCCAAGAGAAGUUCGCUCCCUCCACCGAGGAGGAGAAGAAGACCGAGAAGGUCGCCAAGCGUGAGGCCGAGGCCGAGGCACAAUGGUGCCGCAUCCACGGCCAAUCGUGCUGGAAGAAGCGUGAGGCCGAAGCCCAGUGGUGCCGGAUCCACGGCCAGUCGUGCUGGAAGCGUGACGCCCUCCCCGAGGCCGAGCCCCAGUGGUGCCGCAUCCACGGCCAGUCCUGCUGGAAGAAGCGUGACGCCGCUCCCGAGGCUGCUCCCGAAGCUGAGGCCAACCCGCAAUGGUGCCGCAUCCACGGCCAGUCCUGCUGGAAGGCCAAGCGCGCCGCCGAGGCCGUCAUGACCGCCAUCCAGUCCGCCGAGGCCGAGUCCGCCCUUCUUCUCCGUGACACCACCUUCAGCCCCGUCGACCGCGUCGGCAAGCGUGAUCCCCAGGUGUGCAACAUGAGGCUCCACCCCAAAAAGGUUUGCUGGAAGCGUGAUGCCUCCCCUGAGGCCGCUUGCAACGCUCCCGACGGCUCCUGCACCAAGGCUACCCGUGACUUGCACGCCAUGUACAACGUGGCUCGUGCCAUCCUCACUGCUCACUCCGAUGAGAACUAGAUGUUUCCCCGAAAUCUUCUUCCCUAGGAGAGGGUACGACAAAGCAAACCAAAAGGGGGCAGAGAAAAGGCUUGGAUAUAUCACUUUUGCUCCCUCUUUACACACUUCACUUCUUUCUGGAAAAAAAAAAGUACAACACAUCUACAUACACCACAGAAGCUUUUUGGGUUCACACUCAACACAAAGGGAUUGGAUAGGUCAAUACUUGUGCAAUCCUGUUUUUAUCAAUUAUUCUUCAAGUGGGAUGGGAAGGGGGGUAUUGGAGCAUGCCUGUACUUAGCUAGUUCUGAACCUCUCCCGCUCACCCGGACACUGAAUUCAAGGAUGAGGCUGCUUGCCGAUCGAAGGCAGCCUCGAAUACUUUCCUUGAUAUGCUUUCUUCA